GUUCCGUGUCGGUGGACAACAGCAAGCAGCGCUCUUUGAAAUGGCGCUGGUGAAUCCAUGUUCGCCGUCAGUUGCUGUUGUUGUGCGAUUUUAACCCGCCUCCGGAUCAAACUAUCACAUCCCGCUUGAAGUUCUUGGCCUCCCAUCACAAACAGACCUCACUUUCGCUUCAGACGCCAGAAACGAUGAGCAAGUUGUCGAUAUUGGUGUUGCAUAAUAGCUAGCCUGGAGAUUACACUAGCCGCUUAGCUCUCGGCCUCGCUGCUCUUGCUGCUCGGUGGCGUGUGAUGGACAUGUGAGUGGGUUUUUAUCAGCUGACAUCAACUACUGAAAUUUCUUCUCUCCCAAAGUGCAGCCAGCAAAUCCGAUUUGAAGAUGGCGUCUGUGCCCGUCUACUGCCUGUGUCGCCUCCCGUAUGAUGUGACCCGCUUCAUGAUCGAGUGUGAUAUAUGUCAGGACUGGUUUCAUGGCAGUUGUGUUGGAGUUGAGGAGGAGAAGGCUGCUGAGAUCGACCUGUACCACUGCCCCAACUGUCAGGUCACCCAUGGACCAUCUGUCAUGCGCAAACGCCGUGGUGGCAGCAAGCAGACCGACAAUUCCUCCACUGGAGGGAGAGAUCCCAGCCGACCCGUCAAGACGGGCAGCCCACAGUUUGUCAGAGAGCUGCGCAGCCGCACGUUCCCCAGUGCGGAUGAAGUCUUGCUGAAGCCAUCCGGAGCGCAGCUGACUGUGGAGUUCCUGGAGGAGCAUUCCUUCAGUGUUCCUGUGAUGGUUCUGAGGCGAGACGGUCUUGGCAUGACUCUGCCGCCCUCUUCCUUUGGUGUGAACGAUGUGGAGCACUACAUCGGUCCCGACAAGGAGAUUGAUGUCAUCGACGUGUCCCGUCAGUGUGACCUGAAGAUGCGUUUGGGGGAUUUUGUGGAGUAUUACAACAGUCCCAACAGAGAGCGAGUUCUGAACGUCAUCAGCCUGGAGUUUUCAGAGACCAGACUCUCAAACCUGGUGGAGACCCCAAAGAUCGUGCGGAAACUGUCGUGGGUGGAGAACCUUUGGCCGGAAGAGUCAGUGUUCGAACGACCAAAUGUGCAGAAGUACUGUCUGAUGGGUGUGAAGGACAGCUACACUGACUUCCAUAUCGACUUCGGAGGCACCUCCGUGUGGUACCACGUCCUGCGGGGCGAGAAGAUCUUCUACCUGAUCUCGCCCACGCCAGCCAACCUGGCCCUGUUCGAGCGCUGGAGCUCCUCGUCCAACCAGAACGAAAUGUUCUUUGGGGAUCAGGUGGACAUGUGCUACAAAUGUUCCCUGAAACAAGGAAACACCUUGUUCAUACCAACAGGGUGGAUUCAUGCUGUUCUGACUCCGGUGGAUUGUCUGGCCUUCGGUGGAAACUUCCUGCACAGCCUGAACAUCGACAUGCAGCUUCGGGCGUAUGAGAUCGAGAAGAGAUUGGCCACAGCGGACCUGUUCCGAUUUCCAAACUUUGAGACGGUGUGCUGGUAUGUGGGGAAGCACCUCCUGGACACCUUCCGAGGUUUGAGGGAGAACCGCAGACAUCCGGCCACCUAUCUGGUCCAUGGAGCUAAGGCGCUGAACAACGCUUUCCGCACCUGGACACGCAAAGAGGCUUUAGCUGAACACCAAAUGGAGAUUCCAGAGACCAUCAACACUCAAAUGCUGGUGAAGGACCUGGCUAAAGAGAUCCGUCUGGUGGAGGAUAUUUUCCAGCAGAACAUCGGGCGCUCUGUGCCGCAGUACCCCGGAUCCCCUCUGACCAAAGCUCCUUUGACCACGUCCUUGAACUCUGGGCGACCGCCUGGAAAAAAGAAAGGUCCGAAACCAAAGGACCUCCUCGGUGGUGUUGGGCCAUCCGGGACGAAGAAGAAGACUCAGAAAGGUCUGUUGAAGACUGAGGCGGACGAACUGGACCUUCUGGAGAUACACACCAAACACACACUCAAAAAGUUCCAGCCUGGCAAGUCCAAGAACAAGUUGGAGCUGCCGCUGGAAGACUUUGAGGAGAAGUUCAAUAAAAGCAAGCUGAAACUUGUGCUGACGAACGGCAAGCUCCAAGGCAGAAAGGACGGAGGCAGCAAUGGCGCCGGAGGAGCCGGGAGCUACGAUCUGGACCUGGAUGGUUCUAGCAGCUUGUCUGAACUGGAGUCGGAGGACGAGCUCCAGAUCGACGAGACUCCACCGCCGCGACGCAAGCUUGUGGGCAUGAGCAAGAAAAAGAAGCUCAGUGGUCUUCCACGGAAGCUUCCUCGGGCCAAACCGUGCUCGGAUCCCAAUCGUGUCAGGGAGCCUGGAGAGGUGGACUUUGACAUUGAGGAGGAUUAUACGACAGAUGAAGAGGCGCUGGCAGCUCAUGGCCUGAAGGGCGGCGCUGGAGGCAUCCUGGACCUGCUGAAGGCCAGCAAGCAAGUGGGGGGUUUGGACCCGUCGGCUUUGGGUGAGGAAGCCCCAGCCUCCCCCAGCACACGUGAUGCCAUCCAGGGAAUGCUGUCCAUGGCCAACCCACCAUCCUCCUCUUCAUCUUCCUCCUCCUCUUCCUCACCGUCGUCUCUCUCCGGCGGCCUGACAGAAGGUUUGGGUGUCAUUAAGGACAAGGGCGGGCGUGCGGUGUGGGUGACUGGAGGGUCCAAAAAGACUGGGGGUCUUGAGAAGAAGGGUGUGAUCCAGCGGCCGGGGAAGCGGCCGGUGAAGCGGCCGGCGCGCCACAUGAGUGAGGAGGAGAGCCCAGAUGAGCAGGAGACCCUGGGCACCUGUUUCAAGGACUCAGACUAUGUUUAUCCGUCCUUGGAGUCUGACGAGGAAGACCACGCCAGCAAGGCCAAGAUGCGACGCCGGAAAAACUGGGACGACACACCCUGGAGCCCGAAAGCCCGGGUGAUGCCCACGCUUCCCAAACAGGAGCGACCGGCUCGAGAAGGCGCUCGAGUGGCGUCUGUGGAAACUGGUCUGGCAGCAGCCGCAGCCAAGUUGGCUCAGCAGGAGCAGCACAAGCCUGUCAAGAGGAAGUACAUUAAGAAGCAACGCCCCCCUGCUCCAGUGGCUUCCCCUCCCCCGGUGCAGCCAGAGCCCGCGCCACCAUCGCCCCCCGUCACCUCGGAGUCCGCUGGCGACUUCAGCCCAGACAGGAGGAUGGACUACUACUCUGCCAGCCUGCUGGAUCACGAAUACACGGCGGGGCCCGGACCCUUUGGCUCCGGAGGUCCCAGAGGAAGUGGCGCUAUGGCGCCUGGAGUCUUCCUCACAUCACGCCGUCCUUCCCUGUCACCUCAAAACAGUGGCUCCCACUCAGGCUCUUCUCCUGCUGGGAUCAGCGUCCAAGGCGCCAGUGCUGGAGGAGGAGGAGGAGGUGGUCAGGGAAAGCGGCCAAAGAAGGGACUGGCAACUGCUAAGCAGAGACUCGGCAAAAUCCUGAAAAUCCACCGCAACGGGAAACUCCUCUUGUGAGCGCGGCGUGAAGCGAGGAAUGCAGCCGGAUACACCACGUCUGGAUACAGAGGGACGGAGGGGCAGCACUGUCCACAUGCUUUCUCCCCCUCAGUCUCUUGUUCCCAGAUAGUUCAGACGACUUUGUUCUCUUUUUUUUUUUACCCGUUCUUAGUUUGAACCCGAAGAGGCCUGAUGUGUGAAGAUCACCAGUUGUGGUCUACAGGUCCUGAAAAUGCCUCUGCACACAGGAGUUGUGUGCAAGUUGUUCCCCUAUAGUGAACUGAGUUUCAAAACAAAAGUCGACGUGACUUUAUGAUCCCAGAUGUUUGUUCACGGAGCCCCGUGCACAACUGAUAUUGAAAUAAAGAAGAGCGCAGUGGGAAUGUGCCAGAGCUCCCCUGAGCUUGAAGUGACUGCUCACUGAUGGAGUUCAAGACAAUUAAACCAAAUGUAUGUCAAAAUCGCUUUCUGCAUUCUCGUAAAUGCAAUUCUCUUCAUGACGACAUGAAGGUCUGCUUUUAGGGUUGAGAUGAACAACAGGUUUUAAUCAUUUCCUCUGAAGCCACCAGUUCUGGACUCUGGUGAGCUCCUACGCCUCAAUGGCCUGCAGCUCUGGGAGACUGUGGUCAGGGUUGCACCGUCUGAGUCGUGUCAUUGCGGUCAAGUCAGAGGUUCCGGAGGAGCUCAGAGUUCAGGACUGCCUUCCGAGUCUCGGCAGCAUGUCCGGCAGCCUGAACGCUCCUCUUGGCUCUUUUCGGGUUUGUCCAACGCUCGGCUGAUCCGAACACUUGCGGUGCUUUUCUUUAGUUCUCAGGCGCACAAAUCUCUGUCAGAUUGAGAUCCAGACUGUUCCCCGGCCUCUUCAUCCCACCUGGCGGUUCUCACCUGUUCCUUCCACUCAUCUUCAGUUUGCUCUCGUGGUCAGAACGUUUCUGUUGUACAUUUGUAAGAUUUGUAAUUUAUAUAGCUACGUUGUAAUAGAUUAUUAUUAUUGGAUGAAGAAACUUAUUCCACAGAAUGUACUAGUGACAAAACAGCUAGAUUGUGACGAUGCAGGAUUUUGUAAAUACAUGUUGUAAUUUAAUUUUUAUAGUCCCAACUUUCUUAACAUCAUGUACGACAGCCGCGCGUGCUGGAGGAACUUCUUUUAUAUUUGUACGUAGUGACGUCACCAUUAGUUUGUCGCGAUGUCGUAACUUUGGCUGACGUGCAGAAUGUGUGCACUUGUUUGAUCUCAUGUUGUGUUUGAAUAGUGAACUUCACUUUUGUGUUGUUUCCAGUUUCAUACUCGCUGACCGAUAAAGUCUACUUUGGUAAAAACGUUUCUUUUCUUGCUCUCGUCUUCUGUCUCCUCCGUCACCUGACACCUGAAUGAAACGUAUUUAUUAACCCAUGAAUCUGAACCUGUCACUCACACACCUGGCACGUGUCGGUCGCCUUCACACUGUAGCAGCAGGUUUGCCGUUCCAGUCUAUUCUUCAUGUGUGAAUUAAGUCAACGGUAUUCUCCUUGUCAGAUGUUGCUUUGAUGUAUUUUUAUGAUUCAAAUGUUCUGUCAUUAUUUCCCAUUUGUAGUGAGUUUGAAUACAGUUUUAUAUUGAAAGUGAAUAAAAAAUAAUAUUUUUAAUAA